UAAGGUACCGAAACACCACGAAGGAGCGGAGCAGUGUGCGUCCAGUCUCCGGUAGGGUGACAACAACACAGAGAGAGACAGGAGACAAUGACUGAUAGCAGCUAUAGCUGAAGUAUCGGCUGCUUCUGGGAAGGUUUCUGGAUGUAGAGGACACGUCAAAUAUCUUUAUUUCUUUAUUAACAAGAGGUGGUCGCGAUGCACAGCUGCGACGGGACUCGAACCUGCGGCUGAAGGAGACGCUGAACUUUGGGGCUUUUUGCUGUUGUUUUAUAGUUUGCAACUUUUCUCUCAGGGGUAUUUUUAACUGCACUGCAAAUAUCAGGAGAGGAGGUGUAUUUUGAACCAUGUUAGUGAAUGAUUUACUGAACAGAGCGGUGCUGGUGGUAGAAAGCUGCAUGGACUCAACUCACCGGCAUCUGUGGAGGCUCAGUUUGUAGUGUGAAACUGCUCUUUUCUCCAGGAUGAGGGCGCAUUGUUGAAGAUUAUAUAGUAGCAUUCUUGCUGUAAGGGUGUGUAGUUUACACCAGUUGUUUUUAUUUGGACUUUUACCGCUUAAACUAGUCAAUAUUGCGAGUAGAAACACCGUAUUUACACCGGCGUUGGACCAUGGAGUCCACUUUGCGGAGCAGCUGCUUCUGGUUGCUCUGGAGACGGACCUUCCUCGCGCUGUGGCUGUGCGCGCUUGUGGCGCGUGGAGCUGAGGAUGUCAGCACCUUCAACUCAGAGUCAUGGCUGAGGAAGUACGGCUACCUGCCCCAGGCCAGCAGACAGAUGUCCACCAUGCGAUCAGCUCAGAUCCUGUCCAACGCAAUCAGCGACAUGCAGCGAUUCUACGGUCUGGAGGUCACUGGACAGAUGGACCCUCAAACCAUCAGUGCCAUGAAGAGACCCCGCUGCGGUGUGCCUGACAAGUUUGGAGGCCAGAUCAAAACCAACGUGCGGCGGAAACGCUACGCCCUCACAGGACACAAAUGGAGCAAGAGCCACCUCACUUACAGCAUCCAGAACUACACUCCUAAAAUCGGAGAGUAUAACUCAUACGAAGCCAUCCGUCGGGCGUUUGCAGUCUGGCAGAAGGUGACCCCUUUGACCUUUGACGAAAUCCCCUACCAGGAGAUCAAAUAUGGACGCCGCAAGGAGCCCGACAUCAUGAUCUUCUUCGCUUCGGGUUUCCAUGGAGACAGCUCUCCCUUUGAUGGGGAGGGAGGCUUCCUAGCUCAUGCCUACUUCCCUGGACCUGGAAUGGGUGGGGACACCCACUUUGACUCCGAUGAACCGUGGACCAUAGGAAACCAGAACGUACAAGGUAAUGACCUCUUCCUGGUGGCAGUCCACGAGCUGGGCCACGCCCUGGGUUUAGAGCACUCCAACAACCCGCUGGCCAUCAUGGCUCCCUUUUACCAGUGGAUGGAGACGGAGAACUUCCAGCUGCCCGAGGACGACCGGCGGGGCAUACAGCAGAUCUAUGGUCAACCAGACAGCGGCCCCACCCAGGCCCUGCCCACCGUGACACCCCGUCGCCCGGAGCCCAGGCCACCUCAGACACCUCCUCGACAUCCUGACCGCCCCAGGACCACAGAAAGACCAGAUCACUACGGACCCAAUAUCUGUGAAGGGAACUUUGACACAGUCGCUAUGCUCCGAGGAGAGAUGUUUGUGUUCAAGGGCCGUUGGUUCUGGCGGGUGCGUAGGAACAGGGUUCUGGAUAACUACCCCAUGCCCAUCAGUCACUUCUGGAGGGGCCUUCCUGGAGACAUAGACGCUGCCUACGAGAGACACGACGGCCGGUUUGUCUUCUUUAAAGGAAACAGAUUCUGGCUGUUCAGGGAGGCUAACCUGGAACAGGGCUAUCCACUGGAGCUGGUUGAUUAUGGUCAAGACAUUCCCUACGACCGAAUAGACACGGCCAUCUGGUGGGAGCCAUCCGGCUACACUUACUUCUUCCAAGGAGACUGGUACUGGCGCUUCAACGAGCAGUCGCGCUUGGCCGACCGCGGCUACCCGAAACCAAUCAACAUUUGGGAUUCGUCGGUGCCCUCUUCUCCCAAGGGGGCCUUCCUCAGCGAUGAUGGAGCGUACACCUUCUUCUACAAGGGAUCCAAGUACUGGAAGUUUGACAACCACCGCAUGAAGAGCGAGCCGGGCUACCCCAAGUCCAUCCUGAGAGACUUCAUGGGCUGCAGCGUGGACCUGGACCCAGACAAGGACAAGGACACGGACACCGACUCGGGACGCAAAUACCCAGACUUGAACCGCCCGCCGAUCAACCCGGACGCGGAGGGCCGCGACGGCGACAAGGGCAAAGACCGGGAGGGGACGGAUCGCGGCGGGACGGACAAGGACGCGGGCAAAGGGUCGGACGGCGACAAAGACGAAGACUACCGCGAGGGUCGCGAGGAAGACACCAACGAGGUGGACGUGGUGCUGAAGGUGGACGACAGCGAGGAGCGGACCAUGAACAUCCUGAUGGUGACCAUCCCGCUGGUCCUGGUGCUGUGCAUCCUGGGGCUGAUCUACGCCAUCAUCAACACGCUGCAGAGCAAAGGGGCGCCGCGGCUGCUGGUGCACUGCAAGCGCUCGCUGCAGGACUGGGUCUGACCCUGGACGUUAGGGAAACUCUGAACUUAGACACCAACCCUCCUCUAAUCCAAGCCUCUUACCAGCGAUCCAUCCGUCUCAGUGGCUCCCGCAACCUUUAGUACAUGUGGUAGUAGAUCCAAUACUGUACUGAUACACAAACUAGAAGCAAGCAUAAUGAUGUCUUACUUACACACACACCACCCUAACCUCCUCCCGUCUCCCAUGGUGCUCUACAAUGCGUUGACUGUAGUCUAUUUAUAUGAGAGAAGUUUGCACAUUGUUUUUUUUUUGGUUCAUUUUGUGUGAAUUAUUGUUGUUGUUAUUAUUAUUUCUAAACCAGGAAGGCCGUUCUAUUCUCUCUCUCUCUCUCGUAUCUGCACCGCCUUCCUCCCUCCCCUAAUCUCAGUAGGGGCUUUGUCCUCGCUGAUAACUCCACAUCUGCUUAUGCUAUCACAGUUACCACAAAAGAAAGAAAUGCAAAGGGUUAGAAAAGAGUGAUUUGUAGACGGACCACUAUGCUUCAAGUAGGUUUCUAUAGUGUUCCUUCCUCCUCUCAUCGUCUUCUUCCUUUUCUUUCCUUUGCUCUGCAGUACAGUAUGUCACAUUGUGGUGGGAGGUGAGUUAGAGAGAAACAGGGUUUGGUCAACAGACAAUUUCACUGUAGUUUACAUUAAGAGGUAUUUACGAGGCUUACCUUGAGCCCAGAUAUGAUCCUCCCUUUGAUUCCCUCUGACACCUGCGGUUGUAACUCUGAAGGCUGGAUCAGUUUGUUGUCAUACUAAGGCACUGCUUUGGUUUUCAAGGAUAAUUCCAGUUUAUUACAACUUAUUUUUAUAAUAAUUUUAUUAUUAUUUUCGUGACUAUGUAAAUCAGACCCAAGUUGUAAUAAAUAGUAAUUAUCCUUUAAAUUCAGAUCACUACUGCCUUGUUUUCCUUCUUUAUCUUGUGCUCACACAGUUGGACAAUAGGUCUACCUUCUUUAUUUUCCUUCUUUGGAAAAAACAUUUAAAGAGCUCUUUGGCUGAAAAGGGUACAGACUUUAAAGGGGAUCUCUUCCCUUAACUUUCAUUUAUGUGGCUAAUUCUCCUCUCUGUCAACAAUAAGACCUUUUCUUUGUGCUGGAGAGGAGACAGACUAAUGGUUCAUUUAAAGAAGUCAGCUCACUGUGAAAUAACACGAGAGAGGGAGCAUUCAUUGCAUCGCUCUUUGUGUGCGUGUGACAUAAAACAAGGGAGAAACAAAGCAAAGCCGCGGCCUUUAACUUUCAGAACAGGAUGUGACACCACAGAUGCAACACAGCAGUGGCUGGGUGCAGUUAAUGUACCGUGCAGCUCGUAAUGGACUUUUUACUGCUGGUGGACAAUUCAAGAAAGUUCACAGAUGACCUGUGUGUGUGUGUGUGUCUAUAUGUUGUAAAUAUAAUGUAGCUGUAAGCACCGGGGUGGGCUCGGGCCAUGCGGGCUCAUGUGAACACAGACUAAUCCUCUUCAUUAAAAAACAGCAGGUGUGUGUGCAAAUGCCGUUAACCCCCGCGACCCCUAAACUAAACCUUGAACUCCCAGAACCAAAACACUCCCCACUCCCCUUUCAUCUCACAAGAACGGAGAUGGGACGAAGGGGAGUGAGGGGCACAGAAAAAAUGUACAUCUCAACUACUCAUUAUAUCAGUAUGAAAA